AUGUGCAAAGUAGGUCAGGGAGUCCACGGGCGUCGAGCUUCCACGUGCGUUCUGUCGGCAACGAUAGAGGCGUGUAAAAUAAAAUGGUCCUUCGCGCUGUAUUUUAUGGAUGGAAUAGUGAUGAAUUUAACGUUAAUGAAGGGAUGCGACCAUAAUCCCUCGGAAGACGCAAAUGUCAAUGCUAAGUGGAUGGAGCAGAUGUCCGAGGAGGCGCUAAGGUUGAACUUGUUGAAGCGAGGCCUGGAGUCGCCCAACGAGCGCGAGGAGGCCUUGGCCAAGCGCCUGAAAAUGGAGGGCCACGAGGCCAUGGAGCGCCUCAAGAUGUUGGCGCUGCUCAAACGCAAAGAUCUGGCCGCCCUGGACGUCGCCGGGCCCCUGGGCGGCGACGGCAAGGGCCCCGGUCCCGGCCCCGGCGCCAGCGCCAGCGCGCUCCACCAUCAAAGCCUCAUGGGCGCCGCCUAUGAGGAGAAGCUGAAUGGGACUCUGAGACUCGGGGGGCACGGCGGCCCCAGUAAGAACGGCAAGGAGAACGUCCUGGACGAGCCGGUGGACAUGAGCGCCGGACGCAGAUGUGAGGCAGACCGCGAGAGACGAACCCCAUCCCCGGACGUCAUCAUCCUGUCGGACAACGAGGCAUCCAGUCCCCGAGCGACACCUCGCCCCGAAGAGCGCCGGAACCAUGCCAACCUGGACAUGUUCAAGGGCAAGACCGGAGAGGAAAGGCAGCAGAUGAUCAAAGCUCUGCGCGAGGAGCUGCGUUUGGAGGAGGCUCGCCUGGUGCUGCUCAAGAAGCUCCGACAGAGUCAAAUGCAGAAGGAGAACGUGGUGCAGAAGGUAUCGGUGGUCCAGAAUGCCGCCUCUUCCGGGCAGCCGCCCUCCAUGCACAGCUCCUCUGGACUGGGGAAGCUUCCGGUCCGGUCGGGCGUGCACAACCCAGAGCCGCAGAAUCUGCGGACGGCACAGGGUCACACAGUCAUCAGGUCAGGAGCCAACGCCAGCCUGCCACCCAUGCUCAUGUCCCAGCGGGUGAUUGCGCCCAAUCCCGCCACAUUGCAAGGACAGCGGCUCUCCAAACCUGGGAUGGGUCGCUCCAGCAUGGGCAACGCCGUAAGCUACCAGCAGGCCAGCCAGCAGGUGGCAGCAUCGCAGCGAUCAGGCUCCAGCGCCAUGUACAUGAACCUUGCCCACAUGCAAGCUGCGGCGGCGGCGGCGGCUGGGGCAGGCGGCGGCGGCGGCGGAGGAGGCGGAGGAGGAGGCGGGAUGGCGGGCGGCCUGGGCGCAGCCUCGGCCGUCAGCCCGUCCAAUCUGUCCGCCUCUGCCAGCGGAGGGGUGAAUUCCAUCGCCGACCAGGCCAGCAGCCAGGCCGCUGCCAAGCUGGCCCUGAGGAAGCAGCUGGAGAAAACGCUGCUGGAGAUCCCCCCGCCCAAGCCCCCCGCCCCGCUCCUCCACUUCCUGCCGUCGGCCGCCAACAGCGAGUUCAUCUACAUGGUGGGCCUGGAGGAGGUCGUGCAGAGCGUGCUCGACAGUCAGGGAAAACUGCGGGGCACGCUCUCCCGCACGGAGCCCUUCUUCUGUGCCCAAUGCAGAACGGAUUUCACCCCCCACUGGAAGCAGGAGAAGAGCGGGCGCAUCCUGUGCGAGCAGUGCAUGAUGUCCAAUCAGAAAAAGGCUCUCAAGGCGGAGCACACCAACAGGCUGAAGAACGCUUUCGUCAAGGCUCUACAACAGGAGCAGGAGAUCGAACAGAGGCUGCAGCAGGCGGCCCUUUCGCCUGGCUCCGCCCCCAGCGGCCCCAACGCCUCCAAGACUGACUCGCUGAUCCGACACCACGCUCUGCGCCAGGCGCCUCAACCCCAGGCUUCUCUGCAGAGAGGGCUGUCCAAUUCGGCGCGGGGUGUCCUGUCUAACUUUGCCCAGGCCUCUCAGCUGUCGGUGGCCAGCAGCCUCAUGGGCAUGGGCGGCGCCAAGCACUGCGGCGGCGGCAACGGCGGCGGCGGCAGACUGCAGCACGACAGCCGUCGGCAGAUUUACAACAUCCCAGGGUUAAACAUCGCCUACCUGAACCCGGCGGCGGUGGGCGCCCACAAGAGCUCCAGCCUCGCCGACCGGCAGCGAGAGUACCUGUUGGACAUGAUCCCCCCCCGAUCCAUAUCGCAGUCCAUCAGCGGACAGAAAUGAGCGGCCAGGCGCCCGUCCGUCCGCAGACGCCCAGGCCCCCCCGUCGUACGACGCCACACCCAAGCACUCCGCCAUCAGCCAAUGUGUCCCCCCCCCCACGCCCCCUCUUUGCCCCCGCCCCCAUCAUCGCAUGCAGUGCCUGUCCUUGUGCCUACCUUCAACUGACCCAUUCAGAGCUCGCGCCAAGACAACAAAAUGUGAACCCGUCUCAAAUGGAAGGAACAUGCUUCCCAUUCCCCUUGAAAUGCAAGUCCCGGGCUUUGGGGGGGGGGGGGGGGGGACUCGGUUACAAUGACUUCUUAUCCUUUUUUUUUUUUUAUGUUUCUUCGCCACCAUCCCUUCAUCGAAGGAAGUGACGAUGAAAUCAUCGGAGGGUCACGUUUGACUUUUUCAUUGGGGAGGGGGGGGUGGCUCCUCUCCUCUAUAAAGCGUUGCUCGUAACAGACGAUCACCAGGGUGCGUUCUGGUGACUAUGCGAGCGUUGAGCUCGGGAGCAAAUGCUUUCACUUUCAAAAUGGCGAGCGACCGCUCGGGACGGGGAAUGCGGAGUUCGCCGCCGUUCGGUUUUGGUCUUCAAAAGAAAAAGCCGGAGCGGCCGGCGGAUGGAAAAGCCAAUCCCUCGGCGCUCGAGGCCUUUUCCCUUUUGGCCGUCGCGCCGGUCAAGCGACGCUGCUUUGCUCCCUUCCCGGGUGGGCGGCCGCCCCCCCCCCCCUCCUCGGGAUUGCGGACGCUUCAGGAGAGAGAGAGAGAGGGUUCCGUGACUCCGCCCCCUCAACGCAGGCCGCGUCCGGAAGGAGGUCGGCCGCAGCGGAUUUGAUUACCCCCCCCCCCCCCCCCCGCUUCCAGCGCCUUUUGAUUAUGCAUCGACUUGAAUCCUCCCCAGCUGGUCUUCGGCAUCACGUGGUCUUUGGACGUGAACAAGGACGCCACUCUUGAAGGUGGAAGCACAUUUUCUCUGCACCCCAACUUACAAACCUUGAAUUCUGGAUUUUCGUUAAGCUUUGGGAUUCUAUUUUCCGAUGCUUCGGCCCCCAUCAGUCCCAGACCUGCCCCCCCCCUCCUUUUUUUAUUUUUUUAUUUUUAUUUUUUUUGAUGCGGCGUCUCCUCUUGAAACGUUGGCAGACCUGAGAGGUAUUUGCCUUCGGGAGACGAUAAUAAUCAACCAAGUUAAAGAUGGAAAAAAAAAUCUAUAUCUGUCUCUCUAUCUCUGUAUGGAUUAUGUAUAGAUAGCUUGCUUCAGAGGGAGGAAACAAAGGAUGUGGAUUAUAUCUUUUGCGGGAGAGACACGGAUCAAUCAUUAUUGUGUGCAUGUCGUGCGCACAAGUUGCCUCACUCCAGAGGAGCACUUUGCAUAUUUCCAAUUGGAAAAAAAAAAAGGUUUUUUUUUGUUUUAUUUGUUUGUUUGUUUGUUUUUAUAAAACGAAGAAAAAAAAAUAAAAAAUGGAAACGAAUGUUACAAUUAAGAUUUUCUUACGGUCCGGAAGCCGGCUUUGAGAGUUUUACGGCUGACUUGUUUGGCGGUGUUGCUCCGGGAAAGCUUGGAGCUCGAGCGGCUGGCGCUGCGUUGGAGUCGGCCUGCGAGGACGCCACGUAGGGCCGAGCAUCGCAACACGCACCCAAACGUUCUCCGUCCGAGUCCAAACUUGGGGUUGAGUAAGGCUGGCUGAUGAGGUCACCACGCCCAGUGGUUUAGGGGCGUGGCGACAGCGCUCCGCCGUCGCCGAGCUGCCUUUCCUGUGACUUUGCCGCUCAGUUGUUGUAGGCGAGGUCAAAGGUCAAACUUUCAAAGGGAACCAAAUGAUUGUUUUUUUUGUUUUUUUUUCAAAGAACGCAACCUGCAGCACUUAGUUUUGCUCCAAAGUCACGUGGCCACCUUGGAUUUUGAACCAGCAAAUCGCAGCCGAGUGCCGAGCGAAAUAGGCAAACGACACUUUCCAAUUAUGGUUCCCAAGAACAAAUGUCAGCAGCCUUGCGAGCCGCUUGGUUUGAGCAAGCAACUCGUAGCCGCUCGUCGUUUCCGCUCACUCAAUAGUCGGCAAUAGCUUUUUUUUUCUUUUUUCCUCCUUCAAGCUAAAUUGGAAGACGACAAGCCACGGCACAUUUCGUUUGUAACGAGCACGUGACCCGUGUGCUGGUGAAAACUAGCGGCCGAAGCUAAGCUAAGCUAACAACCAUUCAUCAACUUUAAUGUCACCCUCUUUUGUGCAUUUGUAUUAUUUGGGGGGUGUGGUGGGGGGGGGGCGAGAUUGGAAUGCGGGUGAGGAAGAUGACGAAGAAGAUGACGCUUGAACAAUCCAGACCGUGACUGGGUCACAACAGUCGAGUGAGAGCAAAAAGUCUUUGGCCAAGGCUCUGAAACUACCUAAAAGAAAAAGAUGUACACUAAAGUUUACAUUUGGACCAGGUCCAUUUUCAUGUCGUCAACGAAAACAAAUCACAUUUCCUUUUACCCAAGCAGUUUUCCGCUUAGAUGUUCAUGAUUUUUUUUAAUACCACCAGCCUUUUGCUUUUAAAAUUAAUGUCAUGCAUCUUUUUUUUUUUUUUUGCUGCCAAUCUUUAAAAAAAAAAACUCCCCCCCCCCCAAAAAAAACUCGUGUCUCUCUCGCGAUUUCUCCGUUUGCUUCCACCCCUUUGUCAUUUGGCUCCAGAUUACUUGGAAUGCCCCCCCCCUGCUCCCCCAGAAAAGUCUUCAUUAUUUCUGCCGACUGAAUUCUUCUUCUGAGUUAUCUUUCAUUUGUAUUGCCGUUGAUAAAAAAAAGACAAAUGUAUCGACUAUGAGAUAAAUGACACGAUAUUUGCUAGGUUUCAAGUAAUAAUGACUUAUUGUACAGAAACAUUUUCCUCCCUUGUACUGAAAAAAAAAUUAAAUGGUUGUAUAUUGUGUAGAAAAGCAAACAAAAAGCCAUGAAUAUUGUGAAGCUUGUCAUUUCGUUUUGUGACCACUGUGUAUUAUUGUGUAACAAAUGUGCAAAAUGUUGGGGAUUUUUUUUUCCUCGCUAUUUUUCCCUCUGCUUCUUAAAACAAACUCCCCGGAUGCAUUGAAUUAUGUUUGUUUGUUUUUUUAAAUUUUUUGGUUUGUUUUUAACUCCGCUUAACAGGAAAGCGCACACCGUUUUUACGCGGGUGUUUUGUUUCCUUCUUCGGGUAGCAAGACGAUAAUCCGAAGACGUUUGUUUCAUCCGAAACUGCUCGCGAUUGGCCCGAUUGCUCUCUGCUCGCGCAAUCGGGCCAACUGCUCGGUGAGCUGCACAUGCUGGCAAAACGUGGCGCCAAGAGCGCUUAAGUGGGCUCCCGUUUUCCCGGGACGCCUUCUCUCCGCCGGUUUGCUGUCGAAAAAGACGCAUGCCGAGUCACGCGGCUUCGGGGAAGCGUUUGUCGCCAUCGGGAAUUGAGGACAGAGAUCUGUUGUUGCCUUUCGGAUUUUAAAAAAAAAAAAGCCCCCACGCGCACAAAACAGCCAUUUCCUCAGAAAAAAAAGGCGUCAAGAUUUGUUUUGUCGGAAAUGUACCAAAGCAGCCCCCGCUGGCUUCAAAUACUUUUGCUGAAGCUGGGAAAAAAAAAACACAUCACAGUUGGGUCGAUGCAACGUUUUUAACCUCGCUUUUGGGGCGCUUUAACCCAUAAAGUCGGGUUCUAUUUUUCGGAUUUUCGAGUGAACAGUCGAGUCCACCCCCCCCUCCCCCCACCACAAAAAAAAAUGGGCUUAUUUUUGACCCAAGCGCUUUGCGGAUGUAAGAAACGGCGUUUGGCGGCCAAGAGAAGUUUGCGCGAGAGCCGAGCAUGCCCGGAGGCCGCUCGAUUGGACUUGGCCCGGAAGCGGUCGCUGCGACCACGCUGGCAAAGGCACAUUCGCUUUCCGCGGCAUUGCCAUCGCUCGCGGUUGCAAACAUUUGCCCUGCAAAGUCCAUUUGAAUUCACUUCCAAGUACAGUAUUUGUAUCUUCAUCUUUUGUCGUGCUGUAAAACGUUCUGGGGAGGCGAGACGCAAACGAUGAGAGGAAGCGGAGGUUAAUCUACGUCCCUUUUUUAUUUUAGGGGGGCGGGCGGGGGGGGGGUGUUUGUUUGCUUACAUCAAUCCUGACCUUUUGCACAUACUUGAUAUUUAAUGGUCUUCAAGAAAAAAAGUCAACGAAAAAUAAUGCUGUUUGAAUACUGCCAGUUGAUUGACAAUUAUGCAUCGAUCGAAAAAAUAAGCUAAUUUUGGAGGAAAUAACUUUGUAAUAUUUAUCUUGCAAGCUGUUUAAUAAAGGUUGAAACAAUUUGCUUCCAA